UAAUAUAUUAUUGCGCAUAUGUUUCGAAAUAGAUAGUUAUUAUUUAUAUUUUAAGCAUUAAUAUGCCAUUAUCUGGAAUAGAGCGACCUGAGUGGAAUUUUUUAAAGUUUAAGCAUUUUAGAGUCUUGGAUGAUGGAACCUUACAGAGCAAACCAACCAAAGCUGAGCGUCCAUGGGAGACGCAAAAGAUACGGAAUUUACUUGAUCAAAUUACGAAUCCAGAAUCAUUCACGGCAGAUAAGAAGAAGUACAAAUUAAUGGUAUCUGAAGAAAAAGCUACUCUGGCCGAAGUAAAAGAGUUAGGAAAGAAAGUUGAACAAAUAAUAAAAGACCGUAAGUUUACAAGCAGAGGAAUAAACCAGAAAAGGCAUGUUAUGUGCAGCGCAUUAUUUGACGAGCUUAUACGCCAGGUUGUUAUUGAAUAUCCUGACUUAGGCGACAUCUUACUUAGAAUCAGAGAUCAUUUCCGACAGGAAAUAUAUAAUUACGAACAAGUUUUUGCUGCUAGUCAGGUAUUUGGAUAUCGUAAGCAGUUCAUGGAGAAAAAUGAUGAAAGACUAAUUGAAUUGGAAACAGAAGCUAAAUAUCUCUUGGAAAAACAAGAAAAAGCAAUCAAACGAGUGGAAAAGGCUUAUAAAGGAAGUGUUAACUUUAUAUCAGCAUGUGAAGAUAUUGACGUGGAUGAGGUGGAAUAUUGGAGAGCAGUACAGUUUUAUCAGAACUACAUCAGAUAUCUUCUCUAUUAUUUUGAUCUCCGGGCGGAAGAAGAAAAAAUAACAGAAGAUCUGGAAGAUAAAGAAGAUGUCACCGAAGAAGAAGAGCAAGAAGUAGAAACUGAAGGGAUCGAAAGUUUUACUUUGGGUGACGCCGUAUUAGAGGAAGAAGAAGAAGACCCCCCUGGUAUAAUAGACGAAGAAAUCAAACUGGAUACUAAACAACAACAAAAAGAGGAGCCUAUUGAUAAAGAUCUUAUUUACCGAGAAAAUGAAGAAGAAGUAUUUGAUUCAGACCUAGACACUGAACAAUCUAUCGUGCCAGGAGCACCAGAAUCGAAAGACGAUGUUUUACCUCCAACUGAUACUGAUCCUAUAGAACAAUUACAAAUAUUACUUGAAGAGGAAAUGAAACAUGACGUCAGUUUUGCUGACAUUGCAAGAGGUUAUAUGAAAGAGGCUUAUGAAGAAGAAUUGAAAAUUAUUGAAGAACGAAAAAGGCUCGAAGAGGAACGAAAGAAGCAAGAAGAAGAAGAAAAAAAGAAGUUAGAGAUGGAAAAAUCAAAAAAAAAGGAAAAAGAAAGAAAAAAGAAAGAAGUUAAGCGAGUCGAGAUUGGGGAGGAGUUCAGUGAAGAAGGAUCGGAGGAAGAAGAAGAAGAAGUAGAAGAAGAAGAAUUAUUUCGCAAAAAAACUGUUCCAACAUCGGAAGAAGAUGUACCGGAAGCUCGGUUGUCUAUAGUGCGUGAGGGUUCAUUUUACCGUCAACCAAGUGACGAAUCAGAAUCCGAUAAAGAGAUGCCAUUAUUGACGAAACCAAAGUAUGCUCUUCUCAGGAGGCUAACUAAUGCUUUGAAGUGUAAAGAUUUUGUACAACGGAUUCCUGAUCUCGAGCCCACUAAAAAACGCAAAGUAAAGAAGGUACUCAUAAAAAAACCCAAGACCAAACCGAAAGACGUAACACUAGUUGAACAAAUUCCAGUUGUUGAAGAAAUUCCAAACGUUCCUGAAGUCGGGACACAAUCGUUUGAUGAAGAAUCUUUAACUGCUGUUAGGGAAUCAGAGUUCAAAUGGGGCGUGCCUCUCUUAGAAUAUUUUCAGCAAAUAGGUCGAAGGACUUCUACCUAUUAUCAACAAGAUGAAGAAGAUGAAGAUCUAGAUGCCCAAGAAAAAAAAGAUGAGGAAACGGAGGAGAGAAUUACUAGCGUUUCUAAAGAAGAGGAGGUUGUUCGCGAAGAAGAAUCGGAACUACUCAGCUCAGGUCUUACCAUUGGUAAAACUGAGAGUACUCCUAGCAUUGAGGAGAACAAAGAUGAGUACAUAUCAAUUGAUGAAGAGGAAGAAGAGAAGGAGGAAAAGAUUAAAGCAGGUGAAUUGGGAGAAGAAGAAGAAGAAGAUGACGAGAGUGUUUUGCUAUGUUAAUCUUCUCAUCUGUAUAAUACAUUUUUGGUUCGAGAGCCCUAUCAAUUUCCAGUUUGUUUUAUUGAAAAAAAUGU